AUGAAUGAUUCAUUGAUUGAAACGAGAAUGUCUAAUAGUCUGAAGAGAUCAUCGUAUGAGAGGAUGGAAGACAUGGGAAGUCCGGCCAAACGCGCGUCCAAUUGGUCUGAAAGUGUGGAGCCGUCGGAAUCGGACGCUUCGAAUCGGAUGCGAGUGUUUGUGAGGGUUCGGCCGCUCAAUGACAACGACAACACCAACGCCUCCAAGAAGUCGAUUGAUGUGAUCGACUCCCAACUGCUUGUCUUCGAUCCCAUAGAGUUGGACGACAAUCAGACCACUGAUGAUCAGUACGUAUAUCACGGGAAGCGGUACCGAGAGAUCGGUCGGCGACCCAAUAAGAACCUG